AUGGCUCGUAUCUGGCGCGAAUACGUUGCUCCUGAUGGUAGGAAAUACUAUUACAAUGCUGUUACCAAACAAUCUACUUGGCAUAAGCCAGAAUCCCUUGAUGAAAUGGAUGAGAAUAGAGGAGUGAAAAGAUUCAAAAAAAUUGAAUCAAAACCACAUGUAGCUUUGGAGCUAUACCACGGUUGGCACCUAGUAAUCUGUGAUACUGGCAAGAAGUUUUAUUACAAUGUAGAAACCAACGAAUCUGCUUGGAAUCUUCCUGAUGAAGGAAGUCGAAAUCUAAUUGAUGCCUUGGAUAAAAAUAAAUUAGUGGCACUAAUAGGAUUGGCAAGAGGUUAUUCACCUGGUGGAUUGCACAUUUAUGAGGAAUUGGUAACGGAUUUGGUAAAAUUGAGACAGGAAAGAGAAGCUAAGAGGGCAGAAGGAGAUCAAGAGAAAGACGAAGCAACUGGGGAAGAGGUAAAGGAUGAAGAUGAAGAGAAAGACAAAGCAAAUGGGGAAGAGGUAAAGGAAGAAGAUCGGGAUCAGAAUGAUGGGGAGGAUAAUGAUGCGCAAAAUGGCUUAGUUGCAGGGUAUAGUUCAUCGUCAGAAAGUGAAGAUGAAGGUGAAGGUGAAGGUGAAGGCGAGGAGCCGCUGAAUAUUCCAAUAACGGAAUCUGUCGAAGAACCUGUAGAUAUCUCUGGGGAUAAAAAGGCACUAUGGGAUUUAUUCACCAGGUAUGACUUAAAUCCUUAUUCAGCUUGGCCAUUUGAAAUGAAAAAAAUUCGUGAUGAUCCUGAUUUCCUCAGAGUUUUAGAUGAUUCAGUUAGAGAGGAUGUAUUUGAAGAAUGGUGUGCACAUGCUAUAUCGGGAGACCAAGUUGAGCCAGUGGAUGAGAUAAAAUCGGAAGAUUUUGAUGAAGAGGAGGAUCUUGAACCCACAAAGUACCAUUAUUUGGCUCAUAUUGUUUCUAAAUCAAAUAUUACUCCGACAACGAUAUUCAUGGAUAUUAAAAAUGAUAACAAAUCUUCAUUCAAAAAAUAUAAUAUUAAAGAUUUUCUUACCUCCAAGAAAGAUCAGGAAUCAUUUGUCUCGAAACUGUUAUUUUAUUAUAAAAGGAUGAAGUUGGAAGAAAGAAAAGAAGUAUUCGUCCAGCUUUUAAAACAAAACGGUAAGACGAUCGAAGAAAACCUUUCUAAUGACAUGGAUAAGGUGCGACACUGUCUGGCUCAAGAAAUCGACUCUAAUGAUCCAUAUGCUGUAGAGACAAAACUUUUCAAGAUGGAAAAAUUCAUGGGACUAUGGGGGAAUUUAUCGGAUUUAGUGGAAGAACCCAAAUACUAUAUUUUGGGCAUUCGUGACAAAAUGCUAGAAUUGAACGAUUAUUUAAAAAUAUAUGUAUAG